AUGAGCCACCAGUUCAGUUCUCAGUCUGCCUUUAGCUCGAGGAGCAGGCGGGCCUACAGCAGCAGGUCCUCCUCCGGCUUUGGCGGUGGGAGACAGGCUGUGAGGUCUGUGGGUCAGUCGCAGGGCAGGUGGGGUGCUGGCUAUGGGGGGGGCUUCAGCUCCAGGAGUCUCUAUAACCUGGGCGGCAGCAAAAGCAUCAUCGGGAGCCUAGUGGGGAGAAGCGCCAGCGGUUUCCACCAGGGCAGAGGGGCGGCAGGAGGAUUUGGAGGAGGGUUUGGGGGAGGAAGAGGCUUUGGAGGUGGUAGCUUUGGGGGUGGCUAUGGUGGAGGUAGCAGAUUUGGAGCUGGUUUUGGGAGUGGUGGAUUUGGCGCUGGUAAUAUGGGGUCUGGGGGCUUCGGUCCUCCUUACCCUCCUGGGGGCAUCCAUGAGGUGACCAUUAACCAGAGCCUCCUGGAGCCCCUUCAUCUGGAGGUGGAUCCCGAGAUUCAGAGGAUCAAGACCCAGGAGCGGGAGCAGAUCAAGUCUCUCAACAACAAAUUUGCCUCCUUCAUCGACAAGGUGCGCUUCCUGGAGCAGCAGAACCAGGUGCUGCAGACCAAGUGGGAGCUGCUGCAGCAGGUGAACACCUCGACCCGGACCAGCAGCCUGGAGCCGGUCUUUGAGAGCUUCAUCAGUCAGCUGCAGAGGCAGGUGGAUUAUCUGACCAGUGAGCAGUCUCGGCAGAACUCGGAGAUCCGGAGCAUGCAGGAUGUCGUGGACGACUACAAGAACAAGUAUGAGGAUGAGAUCAACAAGCGGACCAAUGCUGAGAAUGACUUUGUUGUGUUGAAGAAGGAUGUGGACGCUGCUUUCAUGGGCAAAUCGGACCUGCAGUCCAAAGUGGACACGCUGUACGCAGAGACCAACUUCCUGAAGUAUCUGUUUGAUAUGGAGCUGUCCCAGAUGCAGACUCACAUCAGUGACACCAACGUCAUCCUGUCCAUGGACAACAACCGCUCCCUGGACCUGGACAGCAUCAUCGAUGCGGUGCGCGUCCAGUACGAGCUGAUCGCACAGAAGAGCAAGGAGGAGGCCGAGGCCCUGUACCAGACCAAGUACCAGGAGCUGCAGAUCACAGCCGGGAAACACGGGGAUGACCUGAAGAACAGCAAGAUGGAGAUCUCAGAGCUCAACCGCAACAUCCAGAGGCUUCAGGCAGAGAUCGCCAGCGUCAAGAAGCAGAUCGAGCAGAUGCACGGGUCCAUUUCUGAUGCCGAGGAUCGAGGGGAGCGCGCUCUGCAGGACGCGAAGCAGAAGCUGCAGGACAUGGACGAGGCCCUGCAGCUGUCCAAGGAGGACCUGGCGCGGCUGCUGCGCGACUACCAGGCCUUGCUGGGGGCCAAGCUGUCCCUGGACGUGGAGAUCGCCACCUACCGCGAGCUGCUGGAGGGCGAGGAGAGCAGGAUGUCAGGGGCGCUGCAGAGCCAAGUGAGCAUCUCGGUGCAGAGCAGCCAGGUGACCAUAGGCGGCGGCGGCGGCGGCGGCGGCGGCGGCGGCGGCUCUGGCGGUUACAGCGGCGGCUACGGAGGAGGAGCAGGCUCCCGCGGGGGCGGCGGCGGCUACGGAGGAGGCGCAGGCUCCCGCGGGGGCGGCGGCGGCGGGAGCUCGGGAGGCGGCUACGGAGGAGGAGCAGGUUCCCGCGGGGGCGGCGGCGGCGGCGGCGGCGGCGGCGGCGCGAGCUACGGCUCCAGCAGCAGGAGCAGCAGCAAAUACGGCGGCGGCGGCGGCGGCUCGUCGCGCACGCAGAUCGUGCAGACCUCUACCCACAGCUCACGCAGGCGCGUGGUGGAGUAGGGGCUCCGCGCCGCCUUCUCCCCAGUCUCUCCGGCUCUCUCAACUACCUUUUCUCCCAGCGGGUCCCAGCAAGCUUCCAGGUCGCUUCACGCUAGGGGAGAAAGCAGGGCGCAUGUACAGCCUCCGUUUCCCGUCAAAGCCACAGACAGGCUGCUCCCUCAGGCACCCCUCCGCUUGCUCCUACCCCUGCCCCGGACCCGGGGGCCUUGUCCAUCAACGAAGAAAAAGAGCCUGGAGGACACCUUCGCUAAGGCCUCAGUCCCAGGCCCCCUUAAGCUGGGCAGUUCAUUGAACAGUAACCCCCGAGGCCUUCAUCCCUCCCUGAAGCCUCCCGUAAGGCAGUGUGCUUAGUGAGGGGACCUCUGAGCCAAGAGCCUUCAGGCCCCUGGCUCUGUGGCCUCACGCUGCCUCCCCCUGACAGCGGGGUAGGCUUGUUCUGAUUCGGUAGCUGUGCGUCUUGCCUGUGUUGACCUGUGUCAUUUCUGAGUCAACAGCCGCAGUCGGGCUGUCUGAGUGGGCAGGGGGUAAGUCCUUGUCCAAGGGAGGACUGUGCUUAGCAGUGUGUGUGGGGGGCCAAUCAAGUUCUCUCUCCGCCCUUCCCUCUUCCAGCAGGCCCCUGAGUUCGGAGCCAGCCCCUUCCCCAAGGCGCUGAAACACAGAUCACCCGCAGGGCAGCCCUGCUCCUGCAAGCAAGCGCCCCGGCCUGGGGAAUGAGAGGCUUGUUUGGCUUGUUGUGGACUGCUCCAGCCUUGUGCUAGUGUGGAAAUGGCCUGGGUUUUUGCAGGCAACCCCGACGCUCACUGCCAGACCUCCUAAGUCCCCUCUGUUCUGCGAUUCUGAACUCUCUUCCGGGCUUUGUCUCCUGAUUUAAAAUUUAAAGCACAGUUGUGGCAAACUCGCUUGACCCAUGCUGAGGGGGGCAGGAAGAGGAGAGCACCAGCCAAUGAACGUCAGGAGAGAGAGGGAACGGCUUUGCUCCCAGUCUCCAGUCCCUUUCACUCACUCGCUUGCUUAACCCCUGCAGCCUGAGUCUAAUUCCGCCAGGGAGAGCUUUUCUGUGGGUCCGCUGGGAGCGCUGUGAUGUCAGUCCCUGGUUGGAAGCUGUACUCUGAAGGGCUUAGCAGUUCUCGUUUUUUUCUACAAUAAAUUUUUCUGUGAUCUCA